AAAGUAGAGGCGCACUGUGGGGAGAGAGGAAAAAGUUCUCAACAAGGAGAGGCAGGACUACUCUUACGGAGCCCCUGCAGUCUCACUCUUUAUGCCUCUAAAAACACUUUCCCUGCCAUCCUUUUUGCAGUUUUUUUGCUCUGCAUCACCGCUUUUUACGUUACCGAGAGAGAAAUACUACUUUUUUUUCUUGAAGUGAAAGCACCAGCACCAUGGAGCUGCUCUGCCUCGAAAUGGACACCAUCAUACGAGCUCGUCCCGAUCCGAACCUCCUGUGCGAUGACAGAGUCCUGCAGAGCUUGUUGACCAUAGAGGAGAGAUUUCUACCGCAAUAUUCCUAUUUCAAAGGCGUCCAGAAAGACAUCCAGCCGUUUAUGAGAAGGAUGGUCGCGACUUGGAUGUUGGAGGUUUGUGAGGAACAGAAGUGCGAGGAAGAAGUUUUUCCUUUGGCCAUGAACUACUUAGACAGAUUUUUAGCCGUGGUACCCACCAAAAAGUGUAACCUGCAGCUGCUGGGAGCAGUGUGCAUGUUUCUUGCAUCCAAAUUGAAAGAGACUCGUCCAUUAACCGCAGAGAAGCUUUGCAUCUACACAGAUAACUCCAUCAGACCACAGGAGCUGCUGGAAUGGGAACUGGUGGUGUUGGGGAAGUUGAAGUGGAACUUGGCAGCAGUAACGCCGAACGACUUCAUCGAGCACAUUGUGCGGAGGCUGCCGCUGCCCGAGGAUAAGCUGGCGCUUAUACGCAAACAUGUCCAGACCUUCAUCGCCCUCUGUGCCACAGAUUUCAGGUUUGCCAUGUACCCUCCCUCCAUGAUUGCCACAGGAAGUGUGGGGGCAGCGAUCUGCGGCCUCCAGCUGGAUUCAGCUGACCAGUCACAGUGGGGCGACAGUCUGACAGACCUGCUGGCCAAAAUCACAAACACAGAAGUGGAUGUUCUCAAAGAGUGCCAGGAGCAGAUUGAGCGUGUGCUGGUGAGCAGCCUGCGUGAGGGCCGGCAGCAGCAGCAGCAGCAGCAGCAGACACAGAGGGGCCCCAGCGGGAAAGGCCUGGACGAGCUGGACCAGUCCUCCACCCCGACAGACGUCCGUGAUGUUAACUUGUGAACCACCAGAGGGCGUCCAUGCACAGGAUUUACGGAAAAAAAAAACAUCAUGAAAAAAACCUCAAUUUUCUUAAAAGCAGAAAAAAAGAACAAAAGAACAAAAAAUGUUAAAAACACAAGCCCUUUAAAAGAAAAAGAACAAUGCUUGCUAGUUUUUUUUUUUUGUAGAUUUUUCUGUUCUUCAAGUCCAAAACACCUGCCCAUGAAAUAGAUUUUCUAUUAUGUUGUAGUCUAAAAAGCAACAAAUUUGAUACAAGAUGAAGCUCUGUGGUGCUUUGGAUAUACAGAAGGGAAGCCAAUCCUAUUUGCAUUCUGCCUUUGAUUGUAUAGUAUGGUCUUUAAGUUAUAUUUUAACCAUAGCUUGAUAAUGAGGCUGUUAUUGUAGAAGUUGUGAAAAAAUAUUCGGAAAUUACAUGGGAUCACAGUGGGGCUUCAGUUUUGUUAAUAUGAGUAUUAUCACUAUAACAUUGGUGGCUGGUGUUUGAGAGGACGCCAUCACAACGCCCACAUGAGACAGACAGAAGAAGCCGUGAGAACAUUAUGCUAAAAGUUGGUGGUCCAUGGAAGAACCGGGAUGAUAAUUAUUAUUAGUAGUAUUAGUAAUUAUUAUUAUUUUUAUUAUUAUUAAUAUUAUUAUUGGACAUAUUUUGGAAGCAGUAGUAGAGAUCAAUAAGCUCCUUUUGUCAGGCUGCUUGUGUGUCAGCGUGCAAGAGUGUGUGUGCAGGCGUGUGUGUGUGUUUGUGAGUGUGGUGUGUGUGUGUAUGUGUGUGUGUGAAUGCUACAUGUGAUCCUGUAUCUAUAUUAGCAGUGUGCGUUCAAUGGCGUGAGGCACUUGCGCAGAAUCCAGUGGUAGCCUUCUGUGUUUAAAGACUAUGGAGCAAGUGGAGGCUACACAUACUUUGUCCAUCAGUAUAACAGGGCAUCUAUGCUAUAUCACUGCCUUCAUGCAUUAACAAUGCAUCAUGGUUCAUUGUUGGCCAACAAUAAACUCAUGUGCAUGAGUGAGACAGAAAAAAGUUUAGCGAAGGAGGAUACGGGCGAAGGGACUUUCACUUAGAGCCCCUUAUCUUUCUAAGAGCAUUUUUCCUGAGGUGUUCAUCCUCAGACUCAGAGGUCAUGUGAGGUGUUUGUUUAUUACUGCCAUUCUGUAAAUGAGAUAUUACAGAUACUUCUUUUUCACGUUGUUACGAUAAGGUGUUUCCUUAGUUGUGAAAGGCUGCUUUGAGUCUGGACAGAGUAGUAAUGACCUCCCACGUGUGCAGUGUGUGUGUGGCACACGUGAAAACCAGGAGAGGACGAUGUCUUGAGGAAGUAGUACGGAGGACGUUAGACUCCUCUGUGUUAAUGAGCAGGGAGGGGACAGGAUUAGAGAGAGAGGGACAGUUUGCAACUAAGAAGUCACUGUGGAACAUGAGUGCAUGGGACAGGCUGGUAGGACAGAGAGAUGCUGCUGUGUGGAGGAUCUACAGCCAGUAAUGGUAAAGAAGAUAAAGAUAAAGAACAAAAAGAUGCCCAAAGGCCUCGCGGUGAAACUUUGAAAUCUGCAUAUUUGGAUGGAAUCAACAGUAAUUUCUCAUAAUGGAUGUCUACAAUGACACAGCUAAGUGAACAAAAACGUUCUGGGUUUCCAUUUCCAUGGAAAUGAAAUGAGGAACUGAGACUGUACGCUGCCAGAUCAUGUGAGGAAGAACUUUCUUGGGGAUGGGGGUGGGGGUGGGGGGUUUGAGGAGUACAGGAUGAUAAUAUACUGUCAAUGCAUCUGGAGUCCCACAUAGGGUUGUUUUCAGCUGCCCUAUAUGAUUUCAAUGGCAAAGCACUUUGAGAACAUGCUCCCCAGGAGAUAAGUAAAAUGAAAUGCGUCGGGUGGUGAUUGGAUGUGAAUGGAUGUUUUCUUUUCUUUUUUUUUCCUUGUUAGCCUUUUCUUUGGUUUACUUUGUAGGGCUGGUUUCCCAAUUGUCAGACAUACCCUUGUCAAGCAAAAUUAAAAAAGCUUUCCACGACUUGUGAUAAGAGGACAUUCCGAUAAAAAAAACAAAAACAAAGAUAACAUUCCUAUUGAAGCAAAGUGCAAGUUGAUGGGGAGAAUCUGAACAAAUAUAAAACGCCAUUAUGAAUUUGUAAAUGCCUACACACAGAGUUCACUGAUCCAUGGGUUCUGUUUGAUUUAUUUUUUCUUUGUCAAGAAAUGAAAUAUUUGUUUUUACUUGAAUUUUUUUUCUUCUUCAUAUUUAUCUGCAUCACAGCCACAGAUAGUCAACACGGCGGCGAUGAGCUAUAAGAGAGGGUGGUGGUAACAUCCCAUAUUUGCACAUGUUCUUCAGAGGGCAACCAGGUUUGCAUUUAACACAGAGGAGAGCCUUUGUUCCAAACCACCUGACCUGAUGUGUGUUGCAGUGGUUGGUCAGUUUUCUAUGGUGCUGGCUUGUGUAGUUCAGGCUGAUUGUCUGUCAGUGAACACAUCUGUCCCCUGUAAACUUUGCUGCUUCAAAUCAAUGGCAAGGGGCUCGAUCGGCCGAAAAGACAUCAGCACAAGAGACAGAUGACCCUUUUUGUUUUGUUCUGUUUUGUUUUAAUGGGACACAUGGCUUUGCCACAGCAAGGUGUCUUUGACUUAAUGCUUGAGUUUUUUUUCAUGAUGGUAUGUGACUUUGCUGAGUGUAUGUUUGUCAGACUGAAGAUAAAUAUGGGGAUCUAAUGUUUAAGGGAUGUUUUUCAGUAAAACUGGGCAAUUUAAUGACAUAUUUGCCGAAACAUCCCCGUUUGAAUAUUUGAUACGACCUCUUCAUUUUGCCUCUGUUUGCCUGAUGUAAGCUCUCUCCCAAACUUAAUGGUUGUGAUUUUUCUUUCCUGCAAUUUAUUGUUGCAUGUAUUAUAUAUUGAGACCACCUUUUCAAUUUGUGUUUGAUAUAUUUUAUGGGGUGACCAGACCCGCAAAAGGGUUUUUCUAAGAUUUAGAGAUACUGUAUUCCAAAGUGAAGAGAGGACAGAGGAGGAGGUGUGAAGACAUCAAGAAAAAAGUGUCAAUAUUUUUAUUGAGUUUUGCGCUGCUAAAAGCUAUGAAUUUGUUUCAUUUAUACAAAAAAAUAACAUUACCUAGUUGUGAUGUGUCACUUGAGUGUGCUGCUAUUUUAUAAACAUUUGUAUUAUAAUAUAAUUAUUUUACUGCUUAAGAGAUACAUUCAGAAAAACGAAGUAGAUGGUGAUAGAAGAACAUGAAAUGUAUUCGACUGGAAAUGUUCUUUGUACAGUUUGACAGUUUGCUUAGAUAGCAUGUCUCCUUUACCCAUUUUUUUUAAUCUAUUUUGCUCUCCUUCUUCAGUCACAUUCUGCAACAGUGGUAUUUCCUAUACCUCAGGUUUACUGGACAAAAUAUAAAACACAAACAAAUCCAUCACCUAUACCUCUGCAGUUAGGUAGCCUGGAAUGGAGGAGAUAGAAUACAGUGGGGAUGGGGGAAAGCAACAACAAAUUAGCAUUUUUGUGCAGGAUUCCCACUGUUUUAGUGGGGAAACAACUUGCUCAGUGAGAUGGGAAACAGGAAAUAUGCAAAGUUUCCACUUGGACUUAACCUGUAUUGGAGGGGGGAUGUUGCAACAACAUUUCUUAGUUACUCCGUAGAUAGUUCAAGCAUGUUCACUUCUGUUCAUGUUGGUGCUACAUCUGACUGUGCGAGAGAAGGGAAACAGCAUUCCUAUGAUGGCCAAAGUACACUUCUUGCUUUAUACAACCACAAUCACUCUGAAUGUCAGUAAAUAUGGAUUCUGUAUGUGAGAAAGAUACGUUUUGGUCUGAAAUACUGUGUGUG